AUGUUUCACAUUUGCAGCGGAUUGUCUUUGUGGUCUGUCGUGGCGAACAGCCUACCCUUAGCGGCCAUCAUCAAGUACGAGGCGCUGCACAAGCCGGUCUACAUCCUGAUGGCCAACAUGGCGGCAAGCGACAUCGUGGCUGGGAUUAGCUCCCUCUGCUCGUGUAUCACCGCCUACGUUUACGCGGGAUCUCGAAACCCUCCUCCCACGGCUUUGCACCGUUUCCUCGCCACAUCUUUCCUCCUUUCCGCGCUGUCCUCGGCAUAUAGUCUGCUGGCGCUAACGGCCGAGCGCUACUGGUUCAUCGUCCACGGUAUGACUUACGAGAACAGGGUCACCAACGAUAGAUGUAAGGUCGUCAUCAUCGUGGUCUGGAUGUGGAGUAGUAUCCUGGCACUACUGCCGGUGUUUGGCUGGAGCUGUGCGUUCCCGUCCCAGGUAGGGUGUUCCCAGGCUGGCGGAGGCACCCCACAAAGCUACAUGAUCCUCAUCCUGAUUCUCGUCUUCAUCCCGAUGGCGGCGAUCAUGUUCUUCACCUGGGCGUGUUCCGCUGCCUGUGGCGACAGGUUAGCGACAUCAGGCGGCGGGAAGCCGCGGUGCAGGUCCAGCCUACCACCAGCAGAAAAUCAGCCAUCACCGUGCUCAUCAUCACCGUCGUGUUUCUAG